UGGCAAAAGUGCUUAAAAGAAAGACAACUGCAAUCCAAGCAUGGUAAAGAGAAAAUGGAAGGUGGAUCGAAAGUUUAUCGCCAAGGCUAUGAGGUGGAAAUGGAAGAACUUCCUUGCGCUAUUGCCUCUUUGGUUAAAUUAUAUAAAGGUACUAGGUUAAUAGAAUGUGAAACUAAAGAAUCACAAACAAUACAGCAUGCAGAUAGUAAAAAACCCAAAAGUUGCCUUCCCUUAUAUAAUGAUUUUUUUCCUAAAUUAGUUCAAAUUGAAACACAUUUAGAGGAUUUUUCUUUAUAUGAAAAACAUAACAAUCAACUUAUUGCAUCUGAUUUUUUUAGACAAAUGCUUUCAGAUUCAAGUUUGUCUAAAA